AGAUCAUUCAAGCUGUUUAGUUUCUCAACUGAGUUGACAGGUUGAACACGCGGUACGAAACCCCAGAAACUUGACAAUGGAUAUCGAUGAAGAUAUAGGUGAUUCUUUACCACCAGAGGCUCCAACCACUAAAAUGUCGAGACAACAGAUAUUAACACUUAUUGCAAUGGCCUCCAUAAACUUCAGUUCAAUGAUCUGUUACUCCAUUCUGGGACCAUUUUUUCCAAAUGAGGCAAAGAAGAAAGGGGUCAGUCAAGCUAUGAUUGGUUUAAUAUUCGGAAUCUAUGCAUUAUGUACUUUGGUGGGCUCAUUGAUACUUGGUAAAUAUAUUGUCCAGAUAGGAGCCAAGUUUAUGAUCGUGGCGGGGUUGUUUGUAUCCAGCGUAUGUACUGUACUCUUCGGGCUUCUUGACCAAGUGUCUGAUGUGACAGUUUUCAUCGUGCUCUGUUUUAUCACACGGUGCAUAAAUGCAAUUGGCUUUUCCGCAGCCGUUACGUCAUCUUUUGCGGUUUCAGCAAAAGUUUUCCCCGACAACAUAGCGACUGUUUUGGGCUUCAUGGAGAUAUUUACAGGUCUUGGCCUGAUAUUGGGGCCUCCGUUGGGCGGCUGGCUCUAUCAGUCGUUUGGAUAUGAAAUGCCAUUCGUUUUCACAGGAUGUCUUCUGUUUGCAACAGUGCCUCUCAAUUGGUGGAUUUUACCAAGCUUUGAUGCUGUUCCCUCCCAGAAUUCCUUCCUCAGAUUGUGUACCAGAAUAAAGAUCCUUCUCAUCUGCUUUGUGGUGUUCACGUUGAGUUCAGGACUUGGCUUCCUGGAUGCAACACUGUCCAUAUUUGCCAUUGAAAAGCUUAAUCUCAGUGCUGGUUCAGUGGGGCUGCUCAUGAUUGGACUUUCACUGCCAUAUGGGGCGGCAUCACCCAUCUUUGGUGUGAUCAGUGAUAAAUAUCCUUCAAUUAGGAAAUGGAUGAUGGUGGUUGGAGGAAUGGCCACAGCAGUGAGCUUUUGUUUCCUCGGUCCGCUUCCCGUUUUCCAUAUUAGGAGUCAGCUCUGGCUCACCGUCCUCAUGUUGAUCGUGGUGGGUUUUUCUCUCUGCAUGACCUGUAUCCCAACCUUCGCUGAGAUGAUCGCUUGUGCACAUGAAAAUGGCUUUGAGGAAAGCUUGAGUACGCUGGGAUUGGUGUCAGGCUUGUUCUCUGCAGUCUGGUCUGCUGGGAUGUUCUUUGGGCCGACAAUCGGAGGAUACAUCACACAAGCACUCAACUUUGAAUGGAGCGCAGGAUUUCAAGGCGCACUCGCCUUUUUUGCUGCCUUACUACAAGUAAUAUAUUUCACAAUAGAGGACAUACAAAAGAAGUCACAAAAGGCUAACAGGACUAACAUGUCAUUAUCUAAAGGAGAAAAAUCCCCUCUUCUCCCUAAGACAGAUCAUCUCAGGGUUGACGUCAGCUGAAAUAAGCUGCUACAUGCUUUUAAAUGGAAAAAUGGACUUAAUCAUAUUGCUGCUAAAUACAGGUGAUGUGGAAUAUGAUUAACAGAUGACAUGAAGAACACAGAUAAGGUCAGUUUGACAGCAAAGAUGUCAUACAUGUCUUAUUUCAAGAUCAGUUGAACCUUUACACAAGAGUUCAGUGGAAAGUCCUGUAAGAAAGUUGAAUUAAGAGAGGAGAUUAUGUGUUACAAUUUAAUGCAUACUUGUAACAAGAUGACAUUUACACUAAACAGAGCUGAGAUGUGCCUUUUGAUAAACCCUUAAAGUGUUUAUUUUUUCUUAGUUUUUGUCGUAUUUAUUGCAUUUAGUAACUUAAUGAUUAACGUGAGAUGUAAUAUGAUCCAUUCUAAAGAAAAACAAAAAAACAGGUGUACAAGUAAAUGACACCCCUUAAGAGUU